CAGCGGUGUAAGAUCGUACUAUAUACGUGUCGUUUUUUAAUAAAAUAUGUCGUGUAACAUAAUUUGCUGAAAUUUAAUCUGUUCAUUUAUCAAUUGUGUUUAUUUGCUCUAUCCAGAAUCGUUUGUUUUAUUUAAGCUGAAAAAUGGCUUCAUCAACAAAGGUUACUUUUAAGAUAACGUUAACAUCUGAUCCCAAAUUACCAUUCAAAAUAUUGAAAGUACCGGAUAGCACCCCAUUUACAGCGGUUCUUAAGUAUGCAGCUGAGGAAUUUAGAGUUCCACCAGCAACUUCUGCAAUCAUUACUGAUGAUGGUAUAGGAAUUAAUCCUUCUCAAACGGCUGGAGAUGUUUUCUUGAAACAUGGAUCUGAAUUAAGACUUAUUCCAAGAGAUCGUGUUGGUAGUGGUCACUGACAAUUAUGACUGGAUGAGCUUUCAAAACUGAAUCUAUGUUAUGUUAAAUUACUCAAUGAAAUCAUUCAAUUCGAAAUUGAGUGAUAUGCUCUUUGAGUAGCGGUGUCAAAUCGUUCACAAAAUGUUAUUUGAAUCAACAUUAUUAAGAUCAACUAUUUUUACUACUAAUUAUCAAUAAAUUCUACUAUUCCAUGUUUAGGUA